AUGCAUGAAACGUGCCAAGCCGCUAUGGAAAUUGAGGCGGGAUCGAUGCGAAGGAACAAUCGUGAAUUGUUCCCGAAUUGGCUGGAGGAUAAAGAAGCCCCUCUGCACGAGUUCCGCCGUUUGCCGGAUGCGCUGAAGCGGCGAUACAUCGUCAACCGGCUGACGGUGGGGGAGCGGCGGAUCACGCAUGCAGCAGAUUACGGCGGCUUGCUCAUGAUGCAGCACCUCAACCUCGGUGAAUUGAUGAUGAACGAGACGGGGAGUGACUCUUUGUGGAGUGCGGCUGGUGCAACGAUGUUGUGGCGGCCAAGAUUGAGGCCGUACGCGAGUGUGCGGCAAGGACAAAGUUUGAGUUUGACCUUGACUGAUGCAAGCUGUAGUGUGGGGUGA